AAAGAAAACAAAAGCUUUUAAACGUCACUUUCCAAUUUACCGACUGCAGUACAUUUUUUCUAGAACUCAAAGUUAUGGAGACACGGUAUAACCAACUUGUCCUGAUCUCAAAACGCGCUGAAGCUGCAAACAACAGAAUAAAUGAAAUAAUAAACACUUUAGGUUGGGAUCGUCAAGAUCUUAAGAAACGAUACUCUAGAGAUAUUCUACACAAAAGCCAUAGCGCCAAGAAAAAAAAGAGUUCACUUUUCUUCUACAAAAACGCAUCUUCAGUCAUUUCUUUUGUCGAUACACAAUGGACAGAAGAACACAAGAAUAUCAUUGAUGCCAGUCUGCUGAAGUCAUUGCAAGAAUCCAAAAUUGAAAAAUGUCAACUUUAUGAUCAGGUGAUACAGCGAUCUAAUCAGUUAAGGCAACCAUCCAAUAGCAACAUUCAUGAUGACAUUAGCCAAAUUGUGUAUGAAAAGCAGCAAAAAGAGAAAAAGAAACGAAAAGAGCAAGAAAGAAGCAACAAACCCAAGAAGCAUCGAAUCAAGAUGAAAGUCAUUUCAGCAACAGAGCUUCAAAAAGAGCUUAUUGAUGCUUAUAUGCAGACCCAAAAUAAAAAUUAGCCCUGUUUUUUGUCAUUCAAACUCAGCUACAAAGGUAUCAUGAUCCAAGAGCUCUUUAAUAUGCC